AUAAUUAAUGCAAGACGAAUAAAAUAAGGUAAGAAGGUCAAUUUCUGGUCACUACUGAGUCUAACAGCUGAGAUUUGCAUCUAAAUCACACAUGUAACUACUGAAUCAAAUACAAACAAAACCCGCAAAUCCACACAAAUUCAAAUCUACUUUUUUAAUCGUACUUGAGAUUCAAAAUAUCACUCAAGAAGCAUCCAUGCUUCUUCUUCUCUCUCUAGAUCACUCACUCUCUGCAAAUUUGUGCUCAACUCUUCCAAUUUACUGUCAUUUUGUAUUGACCUAGAGAUCUUCACCGUGAUGAGAAGCUGCCUCUGACUUUCUCACUCCCCCCCUCCUUUAAAACCUCUCUCUCUCUCUCUCUCUGCAUAUAUAAUAACUGAAGCUGGCUCCACCCACUGCUUCAUUUCACUGCUCUAAACUUGGUACUACAUAUGUCGAGCAUUCAUUCAUCUCUUUUAAACGCCAACUUUUAAUCAAUGCGCACUUGUUGAUUACCAGCUUUUUUGCCAGCCAUCAAUUUUCCUUCCUUUUCAUACCAAAUCGUCACCUGAUUCGUGCCAUGGAUACCCGAUUGAUCAAGCCGAUUAGGGCUCCCUUGCUGCUCAAAGAUCAUCUUCUCGACGACAUGAGCUCCUGCUCAUCCAACGGCUUCAAAUCAUUCCCCCGCCGCCAAUGCUGCUCCACCGUCACAUUCCUCGACGCCAAAAACCAGCUGCAGCGCCGCCACCACAAGCCUUACGUGAGCUUCAAGAAACCGCCGUCCAAUCCCGCCCUCUCGGCUCUCCAGAGCGUCAUCACCGCCGUGAAACGCCUCCACUUCGGCGCCGCCGCGAAGCCGCCGGAGAAGAAGAAGUCGUUUCUGCCUCGGAGUUUCUCCAAGCGACUAUUCAGAAGAGGCGGUUUCUGGAGGAGGAAGCCCGAGCUCAAGGAGAUCCAGCGGUGGAAAUCGUUCCAUCAGCUGAUGAAGGAGGACUCCCAGCCGCCGUCGGAUCGCUCGAUCACCACGGCCACGGAUAAUAGUAAAUGUUACAGCAGCGAUUUCACUGUGUCGGAAGGCGGUAACUCGGUAAAUUUAAAUUUACUACCUCAGCAGGGAAACGACGUCGUUCAGAAGCCUGAUCAUGAAGUGGGAGUAACAAACGAAGCAGAGUCAACUACCUGCAGUGGUGGAAGCUCAGAUACCAACUCUUCCACACAAACAAAGAAGCAAUGGACAAGUGGUGAUCAAGAGAAGGAGCAGUUUAGUCCGGUGUCUGUGCUGGACUGUCCAUUUGAUGAGGAAGAUGAGGUCUCUUCACCUUUCCAACAUAGACUUGCUCUUAUGGAAGGAACUAGGAAGAAACUCCUCAAGAAGAUUCAGAGGUUCGAGUGCCUAGCAAAGCUCGAGCCCGUGAACCUAACUAGACGAUUUGCAUCACAACCGGAAUCAGAUAAUGAAUCCUCUGAUUCCCCUCUCCCACAUUCCUCCACCUCCAUAGACGAAGAAGAAGAGGAAGAUGAAGAAGAAGAAGAAGAAGAAGACAGAGCACUAGAAUUGCUUGAUCAAGUGAAGGCCAUCAUGCCAUCUUAUGGCCUCAAAGUCAAGGCAGAUAAGUUGAUGCUAGAUUUCUUCAGAGAAAGGAUAGGAAAACAACGGGGAGAAUCCUUAUUUUAUGACGCGUUAGUAGAGAUUGCUCGAGAGUGGAUGGGCGGGCACGACCCCCUCGGGUUGUUCAUGGAAUGGGAGGUGGAGAGGAACAGGCAAGCUUAUGUUGAAGACAUGGAAAAUGGUGGAGAAUGGAAAAGAUUGGAUCAAGAAAAUGGUGAGGUGGUUUUGGAGUUGGAAAUUGAGGUAUAUGAUGCCCUAUUGAAUGAGGUGUUGCUAGACAUCAUAAAUUAGAAAAUCAAAUAAACCCAAGUAAAUGAAAUGAUGUGGCUUCUUGUCUUGAUGUUUCUUUUGUUAGGAGGAAAUAUGGUGGGUUUGAGAAUUUUUGUUUGAUGUUUGGAGAGAGAGAAUUAGUUACUACUUUCUCCAUUAUUAUUUCUUUCUCAGGCCACGGCUAUAAUGACUAGUUUUUCAACCCCUGGUUGACAGGAAUUUUAGUAGCUAAUUACAUGUUUAUUUCAAUAGAAUUCAGGGUUUAUUUACCAUUUCA